AACAGGGUAAAUAUGGUUGUGUUUUUCCUCGUCGGAUUCGGAUGGAAUAGUUUGAAGGACUUCAAAAAGCCUUGGAAAUCGGCCACGUUUUUCUCGAACGUUACCAAGUCAAGAUUUGGUGGUGCACACGCUGCUCUUGCAAAGCCAAAUUUGAGUACAGCCAGACCCAGAAAGGCAACAGAGACCCAUGUCACGGACCCCACAGAAGCAUCUACCAGCACUUACCCCACAGAAAGAAGCUUCAGCACUGCACCCAGCGUUGCUGUCUCAGCUGCACAGCCUCGGACAGCUUCAGUGCCUGUCCUCAGUCCCGGAGCAGCUGCUGCCUCCAGGACAGAGACUGACACAGCAUCACCAGUCCAGCUGCCCCGUUUGUGGUCAGAGGGCUUUCCACCUGAAGACCACAAAUGGAUUCUUAAGAGCCUUUUGAAGUUCGGGCCCAAGGGAAAACUAGAGCUUCAAGACCACCUGAAGCUCUGGUACUUUCCACCAGAGCCAAGCCACCUGUAUCACCAGGCUCCUGCACCAGACCGCUUCUUUGCCCACCCACUUCUUGUCUGGAUGCCUUACAAGCUGUGGAAGGUGAAGGUGGUGUGUCCCAACCUUGGCUGUGGGCAGCACCGACUCACAGGUGCAGGGCUGCACAAGAGGGCACGUCAGGUCCUGGACGUGGACAGGAUCUACAACAUGGUGACUGAGACUCUUACCUGCACCAAAUCCACCCACGUGUCAUGGAGCCAGACGGUCCUUUCGCAGUUGGACUUGGCUCACAGAUCUGAGUUUCGGGUCAUCCUCACACAAAAGUUUGCAUGUGAUAUCCGGGUGAUCCGGCUUCUGAGGGAGAGAGGCCUGAGUAACAGCCCCACCAGGGUGUUAAAGCAGCUGAGGGAGAACCACACCGAGGAGUGGCUGCAUCGUGUGGCGAGGUACACCACAGAGUGUGUGGGCUUCCUCCAGGGCCCCGGACUGAUGCCCGUGACCUUCCCUGAGCCUCCAGAGCCUGCUGUGGUGCCGAGCUGCAAGUGGCUCCUCUCGGUGUACAGCCAGGACAUCUUGACCAGGCUGGAGGAGAUCAAGGCCAGGAUAACAUCCACAUAUGGCAGCAUUCUAAAAAUGGAUUCCACCAGAAAGAUCACCAAAAAGCUUGCUGGAACAGCCAAGGGGACCGCGCGCGCUCUGGCUCACUUCUGUGGGAAAUGAGACUGGCCAGAUUCUCAUGAGUGCAUGACUGCUCAGGAGGGAGCAGGGCUGGACACGAUGGCAGCAAACCUGGUGAGGAGAUACCAGCAGGCCGGAGUGGGUCCUCCUGUGCUGCUGUAUGUGGCAGCUGCACAGAGUCAGGGGAGACUAAGCUGAAGGCCACAUUCAGAGGGUGGCCAGACCUGACAGUAAGGCUGGACAUUUGGCACUUCAUGCGCCGACUUGCCCAGGGAUGCACAACAGAUGCUCAUCAGCUGUAUCCAACCUUUAUGUCACGUCUAUCAACGUGCAUGUUUGAGUGGGAUGCAGCUGAUUUAGCUCUGCUGCGUGAAGCGAAGAGACAGCAGCUUCAAUCCCAGGGCCUGUCUUUCCUGACAGAUGCAGAUGUCAGUAAUCAUCUCACCAAAGAUGAGCUGGCUCUCCACUGCAGGAGGAGGACUCGUGGUGAGGGGACCACCACUCAGCUGCUGGAAGAGCUGCUGCUGGGUCUCACAGGAACCGGAGGCAGCGACUCCCUAGGAGUGCCCUGUUGGACAGGCAGAGGAUGGAGCACAUCUUGCGUGUCCAGAGAAAGCACAUCAAGUGCAUCCAGGACACGCCAGGUGUUGCUCUGUACAUCAAAACAGGGGAGCUCACAAAGGGAGGAGUACGUUUGCCUACGUACAGAUGUGCAAGCGGCUCUACAUCAUUAGAGUCUUUUCACCUACACCUCACCCGCUUCAUACCAGGUUUGUGUCUGUCAAACAUGUUAGCCCAAAUAUUUCAUAACCUAAUGUUUCAUAAUGUUCUUCUAGGGACCAGUGCUAACAGCCUGAAUGCACAGGUGGAACCAGGACCGUGGUACUGCUGCCCUGGGUACUGGACCAUCUGCUUUACGCAGCUACUCAGGGGACUUGCUUCACUGCGUGAACAAGAACUUUGAGAAGCUUUUUGGAAGGCAGAUGGUUCCGGAGUUCUGUCCACCCUCCCGUUACACUGGAGAACUAAUCGGCAUGCAGUAUCUGCUGCAGCAGACUGGUCAGGCACUGCAGGAUAUGCACCCUGAUUCAGAGGAGACUGCUCAGCUGAUUGAAGAGCAUGAGGACGUCAUGGAGGAAGAUGAGGGCUUCUCUGACAUCAGAGACGACCCCACAGUGCUGGACCUCGGGGUCCUGCAGGCUCCAGCCUCUCAGACUCCCUCUGGC